AUGGUGCUCUCGCAGGCUCGCGAAGGACGAGAUGAAGGGGGAAAAAGCAAAGAAGAUGAAAAUUUCUCCUGCGCUGCCGAUUUUUACGAGGAUCAGAAAUCUACGAGACAGAAUGGGGACCGCUCUACGGAGUACAUGGGACAGGAGGCCGGACAGCUUGUUUUUUCGUCUUCGUCGUCUUCUUCUUCUUCUUCUUCUUCUUCUUCUUCUCAGCUUCUGUCUGGCGAUUACUUAUCAUCGCAUGGGGUGUUGCUCCCUGUCCUUCCGCUGCUUCUCCAGACACGCAUAUCAGCCACAGCCAGCGCCCUUGCUGGCCGGAGGAUGGACUGA